UCACAAGAAGCUAAGCUAGCUCCAUCAUCGUAUCGAUCAUCAUGGUGGCCGGCUUUUCGCAGUCCCACCACGUCGUCUUCCUCGUCGCCGUGCUGCUCUCCUCCCUCCUCGCCGUCGCCACCUCGGCCUCCACGCAACAGUGCCACGACGAGGACAAGGCCGCGCUGCUCGCCGUCUACUCUGGCCUCGGCAGCCCCUACCACUUCGCCUCCUGGACCCCCGACACCUGGUGCUGCGACUGGUACGACGUCGACUGCGACAGCUCCACCGGCCGCGUCGUCGGCCUCUCCGUCUUCCAGGACGCCAACCUCACCGGCGCCAUCCCCGACGCCAUCGCAAACCUCACCCACCUCCGCACCCUCGUGCUGCGCCACAUCCCAGGCCUCUCCGGCGCCAUCCCGCACUCGCUGGCCCUGCUCUCCAACCUCUCGCAGCUCACCAUCUCCUACACCGGCGUGUCCGGCCCCGUGCCGUCAUUCCUGUCCCAGCUCACCGCGCUCACCUUCCUCGACCUCUCCUUCAACUCCCUCACGGGCGCCAUCCCGGCCUCGCUCGCCGACCUCCCCAGCCUCUCCAGCAUCAACCUCAGCCGCAACCGCCUCGCCGGCCCCAUCCCGCCGCUGCUCCUCAGCAAGUCCCCCGACCAGGCCUACCUCUGCCUGUCGCACAACAACCUCUCCGGCACCAUCCCCGCCGAGUUCGCUGCCGUCAACUUGUCGCACGUCGACCUGUCGCGCAACGCCCUCACCGGCGACGCGUCGGCCCUGUUGGGCGCGGCGAAGCCGCUGCAGCACCUCGACCUGUCCCGCAACGGCUUCCGGUUCAGCAUGACCGGCGUGGAGCUGCCGGAGCAGCUGAGCUUCGUGGAUGUGAGCCACAACGGCAUCCGCGGCCGCAUCCCGGCGCAGGUGGCUAACCUGAGCAACCUGCAGCAGUUGAACGUGAGCUACAACUGGCUGUGCGGCGAGGUUCCGGGGAGCAUGGCGAGGUUCGAUGUGUACAGCUUCCAGCACAACAAGUGCCUCUGCGGCGCUCCCCUUCCGGCCUGCCCCCGUUAGUUCGAUCCCUAGCUUGAUCGAUGAAAUUAAUUAAUAAUACUCCGAUCCACUCCAUAAUACUACUACUAUUCACCACUGCAGCUAGCUAGACUGCACCUGCAUCCAUCUUCUCAUGAUCAUGCAUGCAUAUUAGCUAAUAGCUAGGGAUCGAUCCAUAACCCUGGAAUUAA